AUGACUGGCCUAAUAGACCUCCCCAACGAGCUACUCGAGGAGAUCUUCCUGCUUGCCACCUGUGACGACCAGAGACAGCUAAGUAGGGCUGCUGUCGUCAACAAAAGAAUACAACAAGUGGCGUUCCCUCUACUCAAGUGGCGACGAAUCAGCAAAUUCGAAGUCGGAUCACUGGCUUUACACCUCCUGCGACACCUCUAUCAUCGUCCGCUAGUCCGAACGUUGGUAUUAUACACUCUGAGUACUCUGAAUGUAUUGGAAAGAAACCCCAACGAUGGGACCCGAGCGAAUCUACGACCAGAGACCCUGGCAGAAUUGGCAGAAGCAGCAGAAAGGACCAUGCCAGAUCUCGCCGAGUUCAGCGAGGGCUGGAUUGAUCGUAUCGAUGACGGCAUAAUAGACGUCGUCUUGGCUCUGAUCCUAGCUUGGGCAAACAGACUGACUGAAGUGAGUCUAUCUUUUCGAGGACGCUACGAGACUGUUGAUAAUUCUGUGGUAUGCCGAAGUUUAUCACGUCUUCCCCAGCUCAGGACCGUCGAAAUCGAUAUGGGAUAUUUCCUUCCAAAACCAGAAAACCUGGGGUCAUUCGAGUCAGAUUUUUUCGUCUCCAUGCUGUCAGGGUCUCUGACGAAAUUGGUUAUCACUUGGCAAAAUCGCUAUGACAUAAGAAGAUACUCUGGGUUUAACAUACUUUCCCCCGGAUGUGACGAGAAUCGGACAUGCUCACUCAUCACGGAAGCCAUUGGUAUGUUGCUACAGGAAGCUGGGCCGGGAUACAAAUUCAGCAAACUACGCUGUAUUGACGCUUUGGAUAUCAAUUGGGAACCUGAAUCACUGGAAAACGCGGUGGAACUUGGCAAGUCCAGAUGCGUUAGAGUUAUUGAGCCUAUAUCGAUGAUUCGUUCUAUACUAUGA